UGUGAUCCUGAUGGCUGUCUAUUGGUGCACUGAAGUCAUCCCAUUGGCUGUCACUGCCCUCCUUCCCAUCCUACUCUUCCCAAUAUUUGGAAUCAUGCCGUCGAAACAAGUGUGUAUGCAGUACCUGAAGGACACCAACAUCCUCUUCCUGGGUGGUCUAAUGGUGGCCACAGCUAUUGAACACUGGAAUCUUCACAAACGGAUUGCACUGAGAACCCUCCUGCUUUUGGGUGUGAAACCAGCUCUGUUAAUGUUGGGGUUCAUGACUGUGACGGCAUUCCUCUCGAUGUGGAUCAGUAACACGGCCACGACAGCGAUGAUGGUCCCCAUCAUACAGGCCGUGCUGAACCAGCUCAGCUACAGCGAAGUGCAGGCAGAAAGAGCCGAUUUGGAAGACGAAGGGCCAACAAAUAACUUGGAACUGGAUACGAAGAGCUCCAAAAUUGAACAGGACUCGUCAGAUCUGAUUUCCCCAUCGCUGGAGGAGGGAAACGAUCCCGAUCAGAGCAGAAACGUUCCCGCAGUCUCCGAGGGCAGGACUGAGCAGAUGAAUAUGUUUAAAGCUCUGACGCUGUGUGUGUGCUAUGCAGCUAGUAUCGGUGGCACUAGCACGCUGACUGGCACUGGGCCCAAUUUGGUGCUAAAGGGACAACUUAUCCAGAUUUUCCCGGGCAGUGGAGAAGUGAUUAAUUUUGCCUCGUGGUUUGGGUUCUCGUUUCCCAACAUGCUGAUCAUGCUUUUUCUCUGCUGGAUCUGGCUGCAGGUGUUUUUCCUGGGACUGAAUUUUCGGAAGUUGUGGGGCUGGCGUUUACCAACUUCCCCAAGGGAGCAGAGAGCGCGCAACAUUAUCCUGAGAGAAUACAACAAUCUGGGGCCUGUGUCCUUCGCAGAGAAAGCUGUCCUCACCCUGUUCAUCGUGUUAGUGCUGCUCUGGUUCACACGGAAUCCCGGCUUCGUCUGGGGAUGGGGAACCCUCUUCCCCAGUGGAAGUGGAAAAGGGUACGUCAAUGACUCCACUGUGGUCAUUUCCAUUGCAAUCCUCAUGUUCAUCAUCCCAUCGAAGAAACCAAACUUCACACCAUGGAAUCGCAUGCAGCAGGGCUCAAAGGAGGAUGUAUCAGCUGAACAAGGAGGAACUAUUAAGAAGCUCCUGAGCUGGGACAUUGUCCACCAUAAACUGCCCUGGAGCGUGGUUAUCCUGUUGGGAGGAGGUUUUGCGCUGGCUAAGGGCUGUGAGGUUUCUGGUCUUUCCAGGUGGCUGGGGAAUCAGCUACUGCCCCUGAAGUCCAUUCCCCAGUGGGCCAUCGUGAUUAUCUUGUGUAUGGUAGUUGCAACCUUCACAGAAUGCACAAGUAAUGUAGCCACAGCCACGCUCUUCCUCCCGAUACUGGCCUCAAUGGCUACUACGAUCCGUAUGAACCCUCUCUACUUGAUGCUUCCAACCACUUUAAGCAUUUCUUUUGCCUUCAUGUUGCCUGUUGCUACUCCCCCCAAUGCCAUCGUGUUCUCCUACGGCCACCUCAGGGUGUUGGAUAUGGUCAAGGCUGGAUUCAUGAUGAACAUCAUUGGAGUGGCUAGUGUCACUGUGGCCAUCAACACCUGGGGGCGAGCCAUGUUUGAUCUCGAUACCUACCCUGACUGGGCUAAUGUCACGCACAGCGAGUGAGACUGGGAGCUUGCAUAUUCCAUCAUGUGGGAACGGGGAGGGGGAUUGAAGUGGGAAUGGGGAAGGGCUGAGGAUUGGAAGCUGUGAAUGACACACACUGAAUUCUAGAGCAAUGUGACUGGACUGUGUGUGAUUUCUCAACAGAAUGGAAAUAUAAGUGUGUUGAUUGAAAGACCGAAUUAUCUCCAACAGCUGGAGCCUGUAGUUGGGUUCUUCAGUUUCAAAUUCCUCUAUAGCCUUGCUCCUCCCUCACUCUGUAACCUUGUCUAACCCCACAAACCCCACCAAGAUGUCUCCACUUUUGGCUUCUCGUUCAUCACUGAUUUUACUGACUCCAUUUCCUGUGGCCAUGCUUUCGACUGCCUGGGCUCUAAGCUCCAAAACAAUCCUCCCUCAGCCUCUCUGUCUCAUUCCACUACACCCACCCCACCCCAGCCCAUUGCAAGCGCGUCUCUACCACCAAACUACCACUCACUUUGCUCCUUACUGCUUGCCGUCAGCGUUUGCCUGACGAACACUCCUGUGAACUGUGUGGAAUGUUUUACUGUCUGGAAGGUGCUAUACAAAUGCGAGUUGUGUUUGUUCAGUUGCGAGUGAAGCUGAAUGAGGUGACCAGUCGAGUUAACCCCAAACAGUAGCUGGUUGUCAGCCUGGAAUCAAGAACUGGUCCUCAUUGUUUAUGCCACACUGUUCAACAAAACAGGAAAGUGAUCAGUAAAAGCCGAGUGAAAAUAGAAGAGGGGCUCGGUGUCACUUUCUGUCUCACGUUUGGUUUGUGCUCAAUUAGUGCAUUGUUUUAGAACCUGUCUCCUUCUCCAUUUCUCCUGUUUUAGAUUGAAACGUUUUCAAUAAAAAUGGCUGAUCUUAAUCCUGAA